GAGUCACAGACCCUUCCCUCCAGAGUCUCAGUGGUAAAGCCGCUUUGCAGAGUAAAAAAUCUCUCCAUAAAAUAAUCCAAAUAUUAUUCCACUCAACCGCAACAUAAGAUAAAUUAGGGUUUCUAUUUUGGUACUUUCAGUUCCUUCUCCCUGCUUGAAGACGCCAGUGGCAGCGGAUUAGCUGGUGUUUCAUCAAUGGAGUCACUGUUAGGAUUCCAAGACGAAACGAUAGCCGUUGUUGGCGAUGACCAAGAGAAAUCAACAUCGUCAUCGUACGGCUACAAAUUAGUGCCGUGGUUAAACUGGAAUGAAUGGGAAUGUGUUAGAGAUUCUCUCUUCUCCGAUUCUCCUGAGAAGAUUCACUCUGCUAUUACUAGAAUAUCAACAUGGCGAAGCAGAGGAUGUUUACCGGCUGUGAUUGAUGUUACAGCUUCGAUCAUUGAAGUUCAACAGAAGGAUCCUUUGUACAGAAAGGACUUACCUGAUGAUGCUAUACAUUCCGAGCAAAUGUUGGCAAUGCUAUAUUGUAUGGCUAUCUUGAGGCUUGUAAACUGUGUUGUUGAGAAGACAAGGAAGAAAACAGAGGUGUCAAUUGCUGAGGCAGCUGGUGCAAUAGGUAUUCCACGCACGCUGAUCGACAUUCGUCAUGAGGGUUCUCACCGUGAUCUUCCUGCUCUCGCACUUGUUCGGGAUUCUGCUGUUAAGGCAAUUGAUUGGUUGAAAUCUUAUUAUUGGGAGCCUCAGACAAAGCAGAUUCCAUUCCAAAGAGAUGGAAGUGCUGACAUCAGAAAAGAAAUCAAAUCUAAAUUCUGUGAAUUAGCAUCCUGCUUGAAAGUUAAGAAGAGUACCCAACCUGGUUCUUCAGCAAUCAAAGCAAAACGUGGCAGAUGUUGUGAACAACUUUCUGGCCAUAUUAAGUUUUUCUCACUUGUGUCCAGCACGCUAUAUUCAUCCAAAUCUAGGGGUUCUAAGAAGAAUAUUACCAAGACUUUGAAAAAUCUGGUUCGUCUAUAUUCUUCCUUCUCCUCAGAAGUACUGUCAGUUUUGUUGGAGUUCUUGCUCAAGGCUUUGGAUUCCUCAAAUUUGGUGGAGCUUCCAAAAGAUUGCCUAGUUGGCGAAGGCGUGUGUACUUUGUUGGAUGAUUGGAAGCUUGUAAUAACAAAAUUCUCAAAGAAGGAACCAGAAGUACUCCUUAUGCUUCUUAAGGCUGUUCUAAAUAUGAUUGAUACUCACGAAGCCAUGAAAUAUGAAAUGGGAACACAUCUCAUAUCAUGGGAGCAGGGAACAGAGAAUCGCCAAAUUGAUCGACUUUCUUCCUUGUUUGCAUGGCUUGUUGGACAACUCAAGGGACUAAAGCCUCUUCGCUGUAAACAAUCUGCAGCUGAAAGCUUAGCCUCUUCAAUAGGAAUGAAUUUAUCCAACGCAAUCCUGAUGGAGGUUCUCCGAAAAUGCCUUCUGGUGUUCUCAUAUGGCAAUAAACAGCUUAUGGGUUCAGCACUGCAUCUUGCACAGUUGAUGGGUGAUAGCUCUGUGAUGGAUAAACUCAAAAAACUAAGUUUGCUAGCUUUAUCAGACCCAGAGGUUACCCAAGAGAAGUCUCCUCCCCUGAGUUUGAAUAGCUUUCUUACCCAGCAAGAUCAAUCUAUCCAUCAGGCCACCAAGAAGCUAGACUUUGUAAAACUUUGCCGAACAAAGAGUAAAGUUGCUAAGAGAACAGAUGGUGAUGUGGGUAGUUCAGGCAGAUGGAUUGUGGCAAAAUCAUGGAACCCAUGUCCAAUUGGCAUGUUGCCUCGUGACCUUGGAUCUUCUGGCUGUCUUCCUGUUCUCGACUGUGAUGACGACGGUAAAAAGUCUGUGCAUGCAUCAGAAAGGAAGCAGAUCUGGGAACUGAAACAAUGUAGCAUAAGAGAACCUAGUGGUGAUAUUCCUUUAUCAGAUUACACUAGUGUCGAGAGGACUGGUAGCAAGAGAGAAGCUGAUUCUGAUAUUUAUCUAUUGGAUAAAGCAAGUGUUAAGAAGAUGAGAGAGACAGCAGACAGUUUUGAAUCAGAGGGCGAGAAUGUUUUGUUGUCAAAAGAUGACAAAGGUUGUCUAAUGAUAAAUGGGGUUUGGAAGAAAGUCGGGGAAGAAGAGCUGCUUGCUAUUAUGUCUGAUGUGAGGAUUUUGGUGUAGAAGUCCCCAGAAUAACAUUUUUGAUUUCUUUAUGGUGCCCUAUUUACUCAAUUUAUUCUCAUUGAUAUUCAUCUGCAACCCUUUAACAACCUCAUUCUUAUGGGAAAUGAAAUUACUGGAAUUUACGCAAAGCAGCUGGCAUGGCUCAAACUGGUUUCCAGGCACUCGGCACGCUCUUAUUACUCCUGUCUAAAGUGAUAAAUUUUCAAUGGGAGUGGAGCAUGCUGCGAGGAAACAUGGCCUAGCAUCAACUUUGAUAUUUUCGUGAUGCAUUUUGUUCAGGUUUGUUCCCAUCAUUCUUGUAAACUGCUUUCAGCUAUGUCAAGGUAGGUCUGUACUCUGCUGUCAGUGUGAUUGCUCUUAUCUUGUUCAAGGUGCCGCAUUAGCAACACAACAGGAGCAUAACUUUUAGAGCAAAAAAAUAACAAGAGCUUGCAUUGCCAUACCUGUCCAUUUGCGUAAAAGAACAACUUAAAAUCGAAAAUAGCACGCCUUGAGUUUUUGCUUUCAUGGGUCUCACAUACCGACUCUUUUAGCAUUCCAUCGCGUGGAUUGUGAAUAUUGAAAUUACUUGUUUAUACUGCUGUUUGAUA